AUGGACAUCUCCGAGACCGUCGUCGCGCCCAAGCUCAUCGACGGCGACGCGAUGGACACGAGCGGUGACAUCCUUGCCGUCGGCGUCUACGAAGACAAACAGGUCCACUGGUCUGACGCGGGCAAUGGCAUGCUCGUGGGCACGCCGGUCGAGCAGCGCAUUCGCUGGGACGAUGGCGUGACAAGCAUCCAGCAGCAGAUGCAUGGCCUUAGCUGCAAAGGCGCGGUGUCCACGUCACCACCCGCGGCCAGCGUCGAGUGGCGCCAGGCGUUCGAAGCGGCGACGUUGACGAUGAAGCACGCGCUCGCGGAGCUCGGGAGCGACAUUGAGCGGCGGCAGCGCGACGUGCAGCUCGAGGACCUGUACGUCAAGCGCACGCUGAGCGCGGGCGACAUGUCGAAUGCCAUGUUUGCCGCGUACAUCCGGUCACUCCAAGACAAGUACGCGGCGAACGUGAGCGCGCUCGAGGUGGCCAAGGCCCACUUUCGCCGCCACGAAAAGCGCGUCCACUUGCACGCGACCACGGCCUUUGCCAGCCUCCCGUUCUUGCACGAUCGCUACCAGCUCAAGGCGCUCAUCGGCCAAGGCGGCAACUCGGAAGUCUGGGAAGCUUACGACGUGCAUACGCGUACAUUUUGCGCCAUCAAGAUCUGCACCAAGCUGCACCAAGCCGAGAUCGAGUUCCGAAACCACCAGCUCUUCCUGCCGUCCGAGCACACGGUUCACGUCCACGGUCCCCUGCUCAUGACAUCCCAUCGCGGUGCGCCAUACUCGCUCAUGGUCAUGGACCGCAUGGCGUGCGACUUGUACCAGUUCAUGGAGAACCUCGGCGGGCCCUGCGAGAUGGGACUCGCACGCCACUUGCUCUUCCAACUGCUUCUCGGUCUCGACUACGUCCACCAGAAGGGCAUGGCGCACUGCGAUCUCAAGCCGGCCAAUGUGCUCUUGGCGACGAUCGCCGGCGCGCAACUGCGCUUGACCGACUUUCACCUCUCGCAGCGCAAGCACGCAAUCAUCCUCGUGGGCCAGAACGCGUCGCCAGCGUUUGCACCGCCCGAGUGGUACCUCUUGUCGCCAAGCGAAGCUACUAGCCUCGGCGCGACCUAUGAGAAGUUUGACGUGUGGGCGAUCGGGCUCAUCUUCUACAUGCUGCUGUGCCACGCCCACCCGCUGGGGACGCAGGCCAGUAAGCCCGAGAUGACGGAGCGCAUGAAGAUGUACCGAGCGAGUCCGACGCUACACAUCCCCGCUCACGUCCCCGCCGACGCCCAGCAUCUGAUACGGCAAUGCUUGCACCUCGAUUGGCACAAACGUCCGACGGUCCAGGCGCUGCUCGCCGCGGUCUGUGGCGGCCUCUAG